CACUCGACAGCGAAUACGAGAGGGGAUUUAAAUUGGACAAAUAUUGUCCAGCUUACUUGACGUAUAAGGUAGCUAUCUUUUGCGUUCAUGCGGUAUGAGCUAAUCCGCCAGUAGCAAUAGUUAACCUACAGUCUAACAUCGAUACAGUGCGACGUUUGCUAGCUGGUAAUGUCGGCACUGUUGGACUUGUUUUCCCUGCCAGAUCCUGCUUCCUGUUAGCCUUGGGCUAGCUGGAAAAAUCAGAAAUUAUGCUAAUGAACGAGCAGGUAUAGUUAGCCAGUGCCAAGGGGUGUAACUUUACCACUUAGGGUAGGCUACCUGUUGCAGUUUAUUUGUAAUUUAUUCACGAACGUAUGCUAAUAACUUUGUUACACAGCCAGCUAUCAGGGCAGCUGGUUUCCUUUAGUUUGCUAAUGCUCGGUAGCUAGCCAUCUUGCUUGUGUUGAGGGAUUGAAGUAUUUAACUUGGCCAGCUUUCUGGUGGCGAUAUUCACCUCAGUCAGUUACAAUUUCAUGUUUAUAUAUGCGUCGGUAAUGGGCGCACUUGUUUAGGAUCUAAUUGCUUUCUAUUAAUGGGUUUAAAAUACUUUAUUUCACUGUGUCUGAGCCAGUUAGAGCUCCGCUGUGAUCAGACAAAAGGGAGCCUGUUGUUGUGGUAACGACAUUAUCCAGAGAUAACCAGCCUGUUUCAUUAGUGUUGUCAUACUACAUGCAGAUAUAAGUAGGGUGUUUAUAUUUACUUAUGCACGUUGAAAAGUGGUGAAAUUAAAAAGGGGAAGAAGAGUGGAUGGUGCUUGUGCAACAUAAGCUUCCCUGAGCUGCUUCCAGGUGUCUCCUCUCAUAUUAAAACACCAGCUUUAGAUGCGGUAGAAAACACUCCGGCCGUCAGCAGAGGUAACUAGCAGGGUAGAGACACGGGCUGAGAAGGGAGGAUCCUGCCCGUUUCUGAACGUCCAUCUCUCCAGCCUGUCUUCAUCACGUCCAACCAGCACCGCCCUCCUCCUCUCCAGCCAUGGACCCCCCGAGGACUCGGUCGCGGUCUCGGUCUGGCUUCUAUCAUUUCGGCAUGAACAGCAGCGUUGGAGGCAACAGUAGCGGUAACGCAGUCGGUAACGGGAGCAUGAUGAACGCCAGCGGAGGAGGGGUCAGCUACCCGCAGCAGAGCAACGCCGGCUGGGCGCCGCACCACGGUGGCCGCAGCUACGCGGAGAGCCAGCAGCAGCAGCACACCCAGGGGAGCUACCUGUCCGCAGGGGCGCAGCGCCACUCAUCGCACGGAGCUCACAGACACCCCGGGGCCGGAGGAGUGCUACAUUUUCAUCCAGAUAACGUUUGCAGCGAGGAUCGGGACAAAAUGGAAGACAGCCCAAGCCCGAAAAGGCAGCGUCUUUCCCAGCAGUCCAUGUUGGAUCUUAACUCCGCCCCUCCUUCUACCCCUUCCUCUCCCAUUCGACCCUGGGAGCUUCCUCCCAGUCGCAGACCACACCCCCACUACAUGCCAGAAAGAUGCCACACGCCUGUUCGCAACCGUCGCAGCCCUCCAAUGAGACGGCAGCGUGGCCGGAGAGACCGUUUGACCCGCCACCACCACCACCACGCACACAACAACCACCAUCAUUACAACGGCAACAACAACCACCAUCACCACCCAAACGCCCACCAUCACCACCAUCACCACCACCUACACUCCCAUCACGGCCCGUCGCCAGGCCACCAGGAUGAGAACUAUCGUCACCAGGCUCCUCCUCAGGGCUACCCACCUUACAGCCAGCAGCCUCCCAGAGGGCCAGGGCCUGGGCCUGAAGAGCGCCCCAGUUACCAUCCCCCAAACCCCUCUCCAAGGCCCCUUCAUCAGUCACCAAACCUUUCUCCCAGGCUGCUGCACCCCGCAGCACAUCCACAGCACCCCCACCCUCACCCUCACCCAUCCCAGCAGCAGAGCAGUGUGGUGCUGGACCUCCACGAGCAGGGUUCAGCUCCAGUAUCAUAUCCUGUGUCUCCUCCCGGUGCUCCACCUGGCCUGCCACCUCGCUCUGCCCCUCAACAGAUCCCAGCAUGCUCGGUGGUCUUCAGUGGACAACACUAUCCCGUCUGCAGCGUACCUCCUCCUGUCCUUCAGACUUGUUCGGUGCAGCACUUACCCAUGCCCUACCCAUUUCCAUCUCUGCUGUCCAGCGACCCGGCUUUCCUGCUUCCUCCUCCUCACCUCCCCCAUCCCCCCACACACCUUUCCCACCAUCCACCUCACCUUCCCCAGCCUGGACAGUUUGGACCCUACCCGACACAGCAGGCCCGAUCGCCGUUACAGAGGAUAGAGAAUGAUGUGGAGCUGCUUGGAGAGCACCUGUCUUUGGGUGCUGGUCUUCACUAUCCCCCUGCCACCCACCCAGCCCUCACCCCACACUCCACACAGCUUCACUUCCUCUCCCAUGACCCCCUGCCACAGGAGUUCUUCGGAGUGUCCUAUCCAAAUUUCAUUCCUCGACGUCUCCCGGGGCGACGGUACCGCUCACAACAACCACUGCCACCUUCGCCUUACCACCCCAGCCUCCUGCCUUACUUCCUCUCAAUGCUGCCAGUCCAGCCCACAGGUCCUGCAAUCAGUCUAGAGCUGGAUGUAGAUGAUGGAGAAGUGGAAAAUUAUGAGGCCCUCCUGAACCUCGCUGAGCGUCUGGGAGAGGCCAAACUCCGAGGACUGACGAAGGGAGACAUUGAACAGCUUCCCUCCUAUCGGUUCAAUCCUAAUAACCAUCAGUCUGAACAAACACUGUGUGUGGUGUGUAUGAGUGAUUUUGAGUCCCGCCAACUGCUGCGAGUUUUGCCGUGCAGUCAUGAGUUCCAUGGGAAGUGUGUCGACAAGUGGCUGAGGGCCAACAGGACGUGUCCCAUUUGUCGGGCGGACGCCUCUGAGGUCCAGAGAGACUCGGAGUGAUCACAUGAUGGAGCUAGACACUCCGAAUUGUCUGUCAAACACGUUCAGCACUGCCUGCUCCUGAUCUAAACAUACACACACGCGUGUUUGUACACACACACACACACACACCCACAUGCUGUUUUCUCUUCUUUUUGUGUAGCACUUUCUGCCUCUUCAUUCUUUAAGUUGUUUCUAUCCUCUCUCACUUUUUGUAUUCUCCCUCCUUUUUUUCACAUGCAUAGAGGCUCUCACCUCUUUCAGUGAAUUACCUGUCUGACCCACCAUUUUGAAGUGUGUGUGUGU